AUGUUGGACAACGUGGAAUUCAUCAAGACUCCAGCAGCUGCUCCAACCAAGCCAGCUACGGCCGAAUCGGGUGUUUUGACCUCGGCUUCGCCUGCUAUCAAUAACCCUCCCUUGCCAGCAGACGGUCCAGGCUCCAAGCACUUCUCCAAUUGGGCCAUGUUGGGCUUCGUCACCUUGCUUCCAUACUACGUCUCGUCCAGAUUGGGCGGCGGCUUCAAAACUUGGUUAUUCUUCACGUUGGUAUCAGCGCUACCAAUCAUGAUGGCCUACUGGACCAUUUUGUCUUCAUUCUCCCCAAGAAUCAACGAAAAGGCCAAGUACCCUAACCGUCCUGUUUCGUACUACUUGGAGUACCACACCGAGGAAUUGAAAGCCAAGUACCAAACCUCCAACGGUGGAAAGGGUACCAAGAUCCCUAUCGAAACGUUCCAAGAACUUUACUUUGAGGGCAAGGUCUCCUUCAAAGGUGACUGCUUGGACGUCUUGGAGUACAAGCAUGACUGGGCUAACUUCCGUUUCACUUUGUCGUUGUUCAGAUUCUUCUUGUUAGGUAUGAUUCCUGAAGUCAUCAUGCACUCCAAGUCACAGGACGAGGAACAGGUUAGAGAGCACUACGACAGAGGUGAUGAUUUCUACACCUGGUUCUUGGGUCCAAGAAUGAUCUACACUUCUGGUGUUAUCAGCGACAUUGAAACCGAAGAAACCUUGGAACAAUUGCAGGACAACAAGUUGAAGAUUGUAGCCGACAAGAUCGCUCUUAAGGAAGGUGAACAUGUUCUUGAUUUGGGCUGUGGCUGGGGUACCUGGGCUACCUAUGCCUCGUCGCAAUACGGUGCCAAUGUUACUGGUAUCACUCUUGGUAAGAACCAAACCAAGUGGGGUACGCAAUUAUUGAGCAAGUACGGUGUAGAAUCUGACCAGUCGAGAAUUGUGUGUGUAGACUACAGAGACACCCCCAAGUCCAACAAGGCCAAUGGUUUGUACGACAAGAUCACAUGUUUGGAAAUGGCCGAACAUGUUGGUAUCAGAAGAUUCACUGCUUUCUUGGAGCAGGUGCACGAAGCCUUGGAAGACGACGGUUUGUUCUACUUGCAAUAUGCCGGUUUGAGAAAGAACUGGCAGUACGAAGACUUGAUCUGGGGUUUAUUUAUGAACAAGUACAUUUUCCCUGGUGCUGAUGCCUCGACUCCUUUGAGUUUUGUCGCUUCUUGUUUGGAAACUGUCGGUUUUGAAAUCGUUUCUGUUGACAACAUUGGUGUCCACUACUCUGGUACUCUCUGGAGAUGGUACAGAAACUGGUUGGGCAACAGAGACAAGGUCGUCAACAAGUACGGAAUCAGAUGGUUCAGAAUCUGGGAAUACUUCUUAGCUUCUUCUACCAUUGCUUCCAGAAACGGUACCGCUACUUGCUACCAAUUUGUGUUGAGAAAGAAUAUCAACUCCUACAGAAGAGUCGAGUACAUUCCUCAACAGAAGGGUUUGCUUGCUCCACUUGCUUCUGGUACCAAGUGGGCCAAGCCAUAGGUGUGUCUGCGAAUGUACUUGAACAGCUUGAAAAGUGUCUAUGACAUCAUCUACGAAGAUUCGUAUAUUUUAUAGAAGUAAUUCAUCGCAGCACGG